CAACAAAUAUUAGUAUCGACACAGUUAUUGGUUAAAAUAUAUUAGUUGUGACCAUGUCAAAUAUUAAUAUUUGUCUUACUUUGUUAAUAAUUUAUUUGACAUUACAAAAUGUUACAGCAAAAUCUGCAGAAGAAAUUUCCUAUAUAGAAAAAACUAUUAAUUUUCAAUAUGAAAAUGAUCAAUGGAUUUGUGGUGAUGUUGAGUGUCCAGAGAAGACUUUCGGCUGUAAAAUAAGUCUACAACAUACUAAGGGGCAGGAUGAUGAAGCCGUUUAUCAAAGUUUUAAUUGUUUCGAUGAAUCUAAAUUUCCUACAGUAGGUGCUGGAGUUAGAUUGGAAAUACCAAAGGAAAUACAAAUCGAUAUAGAACUGGAGUCCUAUGUGGGUGCAGUAUCGAAUUAUUUUACUGGUUAUAGCCUGGGAGGUCAUGAAAUUGCUAAAGGUGUGGUAGCUGUAGAGGAUUUGAAUUAUCUUAAGGAAGAUGCUAAGGACAAUAGAGAAGCGUUUGGCAAUCCAGCUUAAAUUUUUUUAAUUAUUAUAAUUAAUAUAAAAAAAUAAAACUACUGCAUUAUUAAAUAGA